AGGGCAGGCUGAUUCGGUAAAACAAAUCAGCACAAUGUAUUUAGGUUGCUUUUAACGUGCAACUUCUAACGAAACAUCCGCUUCAACGAAGUAAUUUCAUUUUUGGAGAAGCAAAACUUCUCGUCCCGUGCAGGACAAUGCUGGGAAUUUGACACAACUUUUUAUACCAAAAUAACAGGCCAGGGAGGAUUACUCACCAUGCACCAUGUGGGCCCGUUUUCACUACAUUGUGUAACAGCAGCAAUUAUUAACUAACUUUAUAUGCUGUAGCACAAGCAUGGAGCAUUCCUGUGAUUUUAAAUUGGUUGCUCCAACUCACACCUAGAUGUCGCUAGUAGUGCCAACGUUGCGCAAAGUUUUCACUACGACGACAUCAAACAAUUAACUCUUCGUCGUGUUACCGUAGCAACUGGCGCUGCAUUGUUGAUAGAAUCAGUCAACGUAGUCCGUCAGUACGUAGAGUUCCAGCAAGAGCACCACCAUGCCAUUGAUACCGAAAAAUUACACGUGGCAGCAGAAAUCCAAUAGCUGCGAAGACGCUGCUGACGGUGAUGGUCCGCUGUCUGACAUUGUUCUGCGCGUGCCGUUUCCUGGAAAUCGUUUUCAGCCGGAUGACAUCUUCACAACGGAACAGUUCCUGAAAAUUUCGCGCUCACCACACUACUGGGAAUUGUUCCUGUGUCAUGCAAUCGACCCGGAUGCGAGCCACUGUAGUAUCCUGGAGAAUGAGGUAGUAUUCGAGCUGGUCAAGCGGGACCCAACAGUACGCUGGGAGGCGGUCGAGUUGGAUGUGCCGAGGGCGGAAAGGGCAUCGCUCAAGGAGCAUUACCUAGCGCAGCACCGGAAGCGUUUGGAGGAACGUGAUAAGCAGCGCGCAGUGGAAAAGGACCGUAAAAAGAAGGAUGAAAUACAUCGGCAGAUCGAACGGGAACGAAGCGACCGGACCGCCAUCGACACACUGCUGGAGGAGUCCAAGCAACGGGAAUUGAAGCGAAUGGAACUGGCAAUGGUAAGGGAGUACCGGCCGGAUCCUUCAAAACAGCUACCGACCGGUCGAAAAAGUUCACCCCGCAUUCAGCGUUCCGCCCCAGCAGGACCUAGUGUCCCCGCCGAAGCACCACAAUCACCGCCGGCAGUGCGCCGUUCCGGUACCCUGGAGGUAACGUUCAGCGAUCGAACGUUCGUGACUCCGAAGCGGGAAUCGAUGGAGCAGGCCGAGCAGGAGUGGACCCGCAAGCAGGCCGCUGCCCGCCGUUCGGUAGGCUUCGACGAUGACGAGCUACGCCCGGACGAGCGAAAUCCCGAGUGGCUCAAGCAGCGAGGCGAUACGUUUUUCCAGCAGAAAAACUUUCUGGCCGCCAUUUCGGCGUACAGUGCCGGGAUACGGCUUACGAAGGAUUACUAUGCGCUGUUCCUGAACCGGUCCGCCGCACACUUGGCGCUCGAAAAUUAUCAACGCUGUGCAGAAGAUUGUUCGGCGGCGCUGGAACUUUUGCACCCACCGGUCGAAGCGAAUCGGAAGGCACGGGUAGCUUGCCUUGCCCGACGAGCUGCCGCACUCGUGAAAUUGGGCUUUCUUCAGCAAGGAUACGAUGAAAUGGUGGCCGCGAGUCGUCUCGAUCCGGCCGAGGCAAGUCUGCGGAUGGAGGUGGACCGGUUGAGGCGAUGCCUGGACGAGCAGACUGCUGAUGAGGAUUCCGAGUCGGACGAAUGAAGGUACAUUAGGUAGAGGAGGUUCGUUAAAGAGGUGUCUAACAAACGAUUAAAAACAGUAUCGAAUAUCAAAGCAGCAAUAAAGGAUAGCAAAAAAAAAACGUUGACCUUUACCACCACACCCAUCUUCGAAGAAGUGUCCUUUGUUGUCUUGCUUAAUUGUCAACCAUUAAACCACAUACUCCCAUAAAUCGCCCAAAAAAUGAGCAUCAAACGAACCUUAACCACGGAGUUGAUUCAACUGUCGGAGGCGGGCGAUAAAUUAAACUAAACGUCUCACUACCAAUGCCUUAAUGCUUAUCACAUUUCAUCAAAAAGGACAACCGUGGCAAUGGCGUCCUACUGCCAUAAUCUUAUCAAACCUCAAAGGUUAAGUUGCGUUCGCAAUGGCGGCAAAUCUGAACACGGCGUGCGCAAUGAACCUCAUAAUGAACAUCAAACGUUCCGUCGUCCUCACUUCGGCCCUCCGCCGGGUGCUGUAAUACUGUCAGCUUAUCCUCCGCAUUCCCAU